UUCCUCUCCAUCCUGCAGGAGCAGUUCGGCAGCAUGGCCGGGGCCAACACGUACCUCACCCCGCCGGGCACGCAGGGCUUCGCCCCCCACUACGAUGACAUCGAGGCCUUCGUGCUGCAGCUGGAGGGGAAGAAGCACUGGCGUGUGUACAGCCCCCGGACGGACGCCGAGGUGCUGCCCCGGUUCUCCAGCCCGAACCUCACGCAGGCCGAGCUCGGCGAGCCGGUGCUGGAGACGGUGCUGGAGGCCGGGGACCUGCUGUACUUCCCCCGAGGCUUUAUCCACCAGGGUGACUGUCUCCCUGAUGCACACUCGCUCCACAUCACUGUCUCUUCCUACCAGAGGAAUUCCUGGGGGGACUUUCUGGAGAAGCUCCUGCCAGCUGCCCUGCAGAUGGCCCUGGAGGAGGAUGUGGAAUACCGACGAGGGCUUCCCAUGGACUACCUGGGGUACAUGGGGGUUGCCAACUCAGACACCGCCGACGCUCGCAGAACAGCCUUUAUGGAGAAGGUGCAGAACCUGAUAAAGAAACUCGUCGACUAUGCACCCAUUGAUGCUGCCGUGGAUCAGAGAGCCAAGUCAUUUCUUCAUGACUGUCUCCCCCCUGUGCUGACACAGAGUGAAAAAGCACAGAGUGUCUACGGCUUCCCUGCCCAGUGGCGAGAUGGAGGCCCCUGCAAUGUUGAUAUACUGCUAACAAAAGACACUGAAGUACGUCUCCUCCGCCAUGGCGUCCUCAGGUUGUGUAAUGAAGAAGCAGGACUGAUGCUGUACUACACAACAGAAAACUCAAGAGUGUAUCACAAGGAAGAACCCAAGUUCAUUGAGCUAGAUCCUGAGUAUACAGACAGUAUCGAAUUUCUCCUGUCUUCCUAUCCAAAUCAUGUCAGCGUGGGUAGCCUACCAUGUGAAACCUUGGAGGAAAAGAUUUCUCUAGCCACGCUCCUGUUUGAGAAGGGCAUUCUGACUACAAAAAAGCCUCUGGUGCAAGUGUAACUCUUAUUUUUAAACAAAAUAAACAUACUUUUUUAA